GGAGCGCCGGCAGAGUCACGGUACGCGCAUGAUCGUCUUCACUCAGAUAUCCCUUUUCGUUGAAGUCUGCGACUACAUCAUGGAGUGUCGAGGCGGAAUCUGGCCGGCUACCGUUCAUAUUUUCAAGCGGACCUUCGUCGAGGAUGAGAGAGUCAAGGAGAUGCUGCAAAAAAUGGAAUCGGAGCUGCAGAAAGAGGGGUUGGAGACGGCCGUCCAGACAUAUGACCUAGUCGCCAAGGCCGAGGAGCAGAAUAACGAGACUAGCUGGCGCAAGACCAUCGCCGGCGUGCUGGGUUUCGGGCUAGGUGACCUCGCCGACAGCGUGACGCCUUACAACAAGAGUCUCGGGAAGCUGUACAAGGAGCCGGCGAAGGGAACUUGCCUGUGGAUUCAGGAAAAUGAGGACUUCCAGGCCUGGAGAGGAGCCCCGGUGGCGGCGGCGACGGCGACGGCGAACACGAGCGCGACGGAUUGGCUGCUCCUCCUGGAGGGGGGCGCCCGCUCCGGUAAGUCGCGCAUGAUGGCAAGUCUGUUCACCACCCUGAACGCCCAAGAGGCCGAGCGCGGCGUAGUGGCAUGUUGCUUCGGGCGGGACUUGCUGGCAUCGGCGGGCACGGAUCUCGACGCUGAGGGCGUGUGUGGCCUUGUAGUGCGGAGCAUCCUGUGGCAGUUCGCCUCCAAGGCUCCUAAUAAGCUGGCAAGAUCUAUGGCGGCCACCAUCGCAUCACCCAUCAGCAAGGUCUGCACGGCAGCGAGCUGUUCCACAACAACAGCUUAGAGUUGUGGACGAAGCUCCUCAUUGAUAACGAGGUGAGGAAGGAUGUGGGAAAGGUUUUCUCCAUCCUCAUAGAUGGGCUCGAGGCCAGGAUGGGCGACCUCCUGCCUCUGCUAAAGCCGUAACCAACCAAGGAGACGACAAACUGCGCGUUGUGCUCAGCUCGCCGCCGAAACCCACCCAUGAAGAUGGUAAGGGCCGUGGGGGGGACGAGUCGGACGACCUUGACCAACGGCCACGAACCAUCAAGCUAAAAGACCACACCGAAGGAGACAUCCGGACCGUCAUUAAUCUGAGCUUAGAUUCCAUGCCAUGGUCGAGUGGGUCCGGGGAGGGGGUGGAGAGGGCGCGGGAUCUCAUCUUGCGG